AUGGGCUGGGUAUACAAUGCCACGUCCGAAGUUGAAUUGGUGUCCGACUACCGACUCAUCUUGGGUGUUUGUUUGAGUCUGACUGCUUUGAUGGUGGUUACGGUGGGAUUACGGUUGUUUGUGCGGGCGCAGGCCAGUCGCUUGGGACCGGCGGACUAUGUAAUGAUUGUGAGCAUGACUUUUAGUAUAAUUUACAGCGCGCUCUGCAUCUCUCAAAGUCGAUACGGUCUAGGACUGCCUUUGAAACUGCGCCCUAAGGCUGACCUUGCAACAUAUACUAAACUUAAUUACGCUGGUCGCCCGUUUUAUCAGCUCGGUAUUGCAGGCUUUAAAGUUUCUCUCUGCCUCAGUUAUUUGCGCCUCCUGUCCGGAACGUCAAAGACAUUCUAUCGCGUUCUAAUUUGGAUCGUUAUUGCAUUGUCGACGGCAGGACAUAUCGCCGGGACGCUGGUUCUGAUUUUUGAUUGUACCCCGGUCCAAAAAGCCUGGAAAAGCGAUGUUUCUGGCAGCUGUUUACCGGUGGGCGCGACCUUUUACGGGCUGGCUAUCUUCACCAUCAUUUGUGACGUGGUGAUUAUCUUCCUCCCGAUUCCGCUCCUGCUGAACCUAAACAUCAAACCGGCCCAGAAGGCUGGUGUCGUGUGCCUCUUCAUGUUGGGAUUGUUCACCACGAUCUGUUCGGUUCUCCGAUUGACUCAGAUCCACCGGGUCGCCUUUGGUGAUGGAAACUCGACUAUGCUGGUUCUGUGGGGAACUAUUGAAUUCAAUGUCGGAAACAUCACAACUUGCGUGCCCUAUCUUGCUCCUCUCCUUAAGGGCUACGUUCGCGAUUUUCGAUCGUCCAGUGGAAGGAAGUAUGGCUACGGCUACGAUAGCCACGGUAGGGCUUAUGCAAUGGAGACCUGGUCGAAGGAUGGGCGAUCCCAUCUCCAGUCGAAUGCAUCGGGCCCCCAACCUCCGAAGCCGAAACGCACGCCUAGUGAGGAGUUGAUUCUGGCGAGUAGUGAGCCUUCGCAUGGAGGAAUCGAGAUGACAGUGGAGUACCGGGUGUCGCUCGAAACCGGGUCAACUCGAACUGGGUAA